GCCGUCAGCAAUAUUCCUGUGAACCAUGCAGCGAAAGAUGACUUGAACGAGGAUGCCUGCCCACUGGCUGGUCUCCAGACGUCUCUCUGUUUUUUGCGAUUUUGUUGCGUGGACAAAAGUAGAUAAAACAUAAGCAAACUAGACCACGAUGGCAUUUCUAUUAUGGAAGGUAAAAAGUGGAGUAUUUCACUAGGGUCCUACUCCCGCAUUCGUUGAAGAUCUGCGCCCAUCCGUACUUAACUGCGAAUACCGCAACUACGCAGCGCCCUGGAUUGUGUGACAUGCAUGCCGCUAGUGGUUACAGAUGCUGUCUAACGGCAAAUCAGAGCUACCUCAUUCCUGGGUUUGAGUAUUGACGGAGCAAAGCGUUCCAGCUAGGAAUUUCACGAAAGAGGAAUUUAAACGAUUGAGGAUGAAACAAAGACAUAAAAACAACCGUCCAGAGAAUGUAACUGAAAGCUGUGUCUGUGGGAUCUGAAAUAAAUUAACUUCAGAGUGUCUCCCUGGCCUAUCUGGUACCAAAGGUCUGCCUGCACAAGCUGCACAUGGAUCUAAACUGAUGCACUGCAGAGGGAAAAGAAACCGUCCCAAGUACUUCAGAGGAAUGUCUGCACUUGCCCACGCGUUCCCAGAUUGUUAGGCAAUCUCCAGGGAUGCUCUCUGUGCCCCUGUCCGAUGGUUUUUGCCCGCCCCCGCCCCGCCCUUCAAAGCUGGCUUUGCAUAGAAGAGGGACACCAGAGGGGUAUGAGAUUAAGGAAAACUCUGCUCAGGACAGUACAAUAAUCAAACCACCCCAACAUGGAGAGCCUCUGCUUAAGUCAAAGACUGAAGUCUCAAAGGAAGGACAUCCACAAUAAAGAAUCCAAGAAGAGAAAACAGAGGGAAACACAACGGUGCUGUGAACCCUUGAUGAAGCUUCUUUUUCAUGUAUGACUCCUAAAGGAACAACAGAAAAAAAAAAAUACAUUCUGUAACUUCGGAUAGCGCCUGGCACCUCCCCCUCCAACCACAGGUCCCUACAGUGGCACUGAAUGAGCUUUUAGUACUGGCCGGGCUCUCUGCUGCUCCCCUGUGGCGGGAGGCACAGUAGCAGGCACAGGCACCGUCCAAUGAUGGGCGGCCCCAACGGACCGCUGCUGGGCGGGUUCGGCUCCACCACGGCCUCCCUGGAUGUCGGCCUGUACGGGGGGUGGGCGGCCUGGCCCGGGAACAUGUCGGUCGGCCUGAACCAGAGCCUCCACGGGGCCGACUCGGGGGGCAACCUCUCGGCCGAGGCCCACGCCAUCUCCCGGGAGCCCCUCAAGGAGAAGAACUGGCCGGCCCUGCUGAUCCUCGUCAUCAUCUUCCUCACCAUCGGCGGAAACAUCCUGGUCAUCCUGGCGGUGUCGCUGGAGAAGAAGCUGCAGAACGCCACCAACUUCUUCCUGCGCUCGCUGGCCGUGGCCGACAUGCUGGUGGGCAUCCUGGUCAUGCCCAUCUCCCUCAUCAACAUCCUAUACGACUAUGCCUGGCCCCUGCCCCACGCCCUCUGCCCCAUCUGGAUUUACCUGGACGUCCUCUUCUCCACGGCCUCCAUCAUGCACCUGUGCGCCAUCUCGCUGGACCGAUACGUGGCCAUCCGCAACCCCAUCGAGCACAGCCGCUUCAACUCCCGCACCAAGGCCAUGCUGAAGAUCGCUGCCGUCUGGACCAUCUCCAUAGGGAUCUCCAUGCCCAUCCCGGUGAUCGGGCUCCAUAACGAGUCCAAGGUGUUCGUCAACGGGAGCUGCGUGCUGAACGAGGAGCACUUCAUGCUGGCGGGCUCCUUCGUGGCGUUCUUCAUCCCGCUGGUCAUCAUGGUGGUCACCUACUGCCUGACCGUGCAGGCGCUGCAGCGCCAGGCCACCGUCUUCCUGUACGAGGACCGCUCCGCCUCCUCCCAGCAGGCCCUGCAGCUGGCCCCGCCCCCUCAGGCCCCGCCCCGGCGCAGCAGCCUCAACUGCCUGCGGGGGGAUCCCUCGCACUCCUCCUCCCUCUCCAACAGCAUCUCCAUCAUCCCCAGCUCGGAGGCGCCCUCCCAGCUGAGCUCCCCCGCGGGGCGGGACCUGAGCGGGCACGGGAGGCGGGGCAUGAUGCAGGCCAUCAAGAACGAGAAGCGGGCCUCCAAGGUGCUGGGCGUGGUCUUCUUCCUCUUCCUGGUCAUGUGGUGCCCGUUCUUCAUCACCAACGUGACGUACGUGCUGUGCAGCGGGUCGUGCAACGAGCCCCUGCUGGGGGAGCUGCUCAACGUCUUCGUCUGGGUGGGCUACAUCUCCUCGGGCGUCAACCCGCUGGUCUACACCCUCUUCAACAAGACCUACCGCAACGCCUUCUCCAGCUACUUGCGCUGCAGGUACCGGGACGGGGCCGGACGCAGGCGCUUCCACGCCCCGGCCCCCUGUCCGUCACUGGUGGUCACGCCCACCUUGCUCGGCGGGAAGGAGGGCAUGGACCGCAACAGCAACUGCCGCAACGGCGACCGGAACCCGCCGCCGGGCGGACUGGAGUUGGACGAUGGCCCGAUGCACCCUGGGAUAUCGGAGGUAUCCGUUGACAGCUGCCACACCCCCACCGAGCUCACCAGCUGCGUAUGACAUGUAUGGCUAAGCUGAGCUCGCUGUUCGCAGCUGAUCGGCCCAGCAAAGCUCACCGAUUGCAUCUGAUUGGCCAGGCACACCAGCUACGUGUGAUUGGCUGUGCACAACAACUGCAUCUGAUUAGCUGGGGGUGUCAGCUGUGUGUGAAUGACUCCUUUCUGCCCCCCAGUGGUAACACUGGAGCCCAUCCCCCUGUAGAGUGGCCCCUUGUGUGUCUGUAUUACAGGGUACAGCUUGAGGGGGACGGUGAACUACCAGCAUGAGACUUUCCCCUGAUCUGUCUGUAACAAUAAUAAUAACAGUGUACAUAUUCAUACUCUCAUUAUCCCUCACCAAAUUCCAGAGGAACUUAGCUUGACAUUAGUCGGUUUGACAAAUUGUACUAUUGUGCAUCAUUUGGAAAAUAAAAUUCCAGCUUAUCCCAGGAGCAGGUGAAGGAUUAAAGUUGCUUCGCCAAAAAACUUGCUUGUUCCUCUUUGUAUGCAAUGAGAGAGAGCUUUUAAUUUAGCUUUGCAUCUUAUAUAUAUAUAUAUAUAUAUAUAUAUAUAUAUAUAUAUAUAUAUGUAUCCCAAUAGGGUGCCUAACAGACUCCUUAACUAUAAAACGCUAUAUACCAUACUGCCCAGUACUGCAGCACCACAGCACCCUCAGGUGAUAGCAGGUAUAAAUUACACCUUAUACAUGUUUCAAAUGUAUAGCACCGUAACAAUAAAAUAUUUUUGUCAAGUGUACAGAAUGGUUUCACAAGAAAAUAAAACAGUGUGAACCUGCCACAUAAACCUAGAGAGUUAUUAGUGCUGUUGGAUAAAAACAGCCAGAGGGAUUGAUACCUGGCAGCAGCUGUAGUAGAUUAGUUUUUUUACCACAGUGUUUCACUGGAAUCUUUUGUGAAUGAUCUCAAAUUACUUAACCACUUGCACCCAUGGUCUGAACAGGAAUGAGGAAGCGCAACAACUGAUUGGACCACUCACCACCACAGCCAUUUCCCACAGAAAAAAUAAUCACAUUCAAACUCCGCCCUAUUUGUAUGCACAGCCUCAAGCAAUACAGAUGGAAAUGAAUGAAAAAUGCUAUCAACCCAAAAGACAAGCAGCACAAAACCUUAAUGAAGUCCAGUGUGUAUAUUGUUCUUGUUAGCAGGUUGUUUGGAAUCUGGGGGGCAUUCUACCACUCGCAGUAGCAAAACUAGUAGGUUCUUCUUCUGGCUUGGGCAUUCAAAACAAGGGGUAAAAUCAUGACUUGCAAAGGGUUGCAAGUCUUCAUUAAAUUGUUUGCUGCCUUUGGAACAAUGAUAUUGAGCCAUACACAGAUCUCUCACCGUCUCACCAUCCAAACUGCCACAGACUGCCACAUUGUAGAUGUAACAUGGCAAACAAAUGUGCUGGUCUUAUGGCAGUUGCUAUACAUCGUUUGAAAGGAAGCAAACACAUACACAUGAAAAAACUAGAAUAGAACGGCAUAAAAGGAAUCUGUGGGACAAUUUUGUAUUGAGUCUGUGUGUUAUCAAAAGCAAGAACAAACAUUUGCUCUCUCUCUCUCUCUCUGUCUGAGAGAGAUACACAUAUUUGAGCUGUAUAUUUUAACGGUGUAUAUACAAGUAGUGAAUGCCUGUGUUUUUAAUCUCAUUACCCUUAUCAUGAUGUGUGGAUAUGGAUAUUUUUGUCGUGCAAUGAUAUGCUCUUCUGUUUAAUUCAUCUGCACAGUGGUUUUCUUUUUUGUGACGCUGCUACUUAUUUAUUAAAGGUUUGUUAAGAUGUCUCCAGA